GAUGAACGGGACAGAGUGCAGAAGAAAACAUUCACUAAGUGGGUCAAUAAACAUCUCAUCAAGGUUCGUAAGCACAUCAAUGAUCUAUAUGAAGAUCUUCGGGAUGGUCACAAUCUUAUCUCCCUUUUGGAAGUCCUUUCUGGUGUUAGAUUACCCAGAGAGAAAGGUAGGAUGCGAUUCCACCGCCUUCAAAAUGUGCAGAUUGCACUGGAUUUCCUCAAGCAACGUCAGGUGAAAUUGGUCAAUAUCCGGAAUGACGAUAUCACGGACGGGAACCCAAAACUCACCCUUGGGCUGAUAUGGACCAUAAUCCUUCACUUUCAGAUCUCUGAUAUUUAUGUUAGCGGGGAGUCAGGAGAUAUGUCUGCCAAGGAGAAGCUGCUCCUAUGGACGCAGAAGGUGACGGCGGGAUAUGUUGGGGUGAAGUGCACCAACUUUACUUCCUGCUGGAGUGAUGGCAAAAUGUUCAAUGCCAUUAUACACCGGUAUAGACCUGACCUUGUAGACAUGCAGAAAGUAGAAAUUCAGAGUAACCGGGAGAACCUCGAGCAAGCAUUUGAAAUUGCAGAGAACCUGGGUGUCACUAGAUUAUUAGAUGCCGAAGAUGUUGAUGUAGAUUCACCAGAUGAGAAGUCUGUGAUCACGUAUGUCUCUUCUAUAUAUGAUGCCUUUCCCAAAGUCCCGGAAGGAGGAGAGGGAUCGGUGCCACUGAAGUGGAUUCUCGCUGGCUGGAAUACCAGGAAAGAGUUAUGUCCCUUACACAGUGGAUCCGACAGCAUGUACUACUGAUGUCUGACAAAUCAUUCCCGCAGAACCCUGUGGAACUAAAGGCACUUUAUAAUCAGUAUGUACAUGUAAAAGAAACUGAAAUUCCUACAAAAGAGCUAGAGAAAGCCCAAAUACAGAAGAUAUAUCAGAUGUUACAGACUUGGAUUGAAUUUGGCCGAAUCAAGCUCCCGCCAUCCUUUCAUCCCAAUGAUGUGGAGGAACUGUGGGGAAAACUCAUACUAUCUAUGCUGGAAAGGGAGAAGGUCCUACGACCAGCAGUAGAGAGACUUGAACUGCUCCUGCACAUUGCGAACAAGAUCCAGAAUGGUUGCUUGACUUGUGAGGAGAAGCUGACGCUAGCGAGGAAUACAUUACAAUCGGAUGCUGCUAAUGUUGAAUGUGGCCAGAGAACUCAGCAAGAAGAAGAGGUUCUACAUUUCCUUCAAGAGAGUGAAGGUCUUCUGCGACAGCUGCAGGCAGAUGUGCAGAUCCUGAGAGAUGAGAAAUACUUCCAGGUGGAGGAACUAGCUUUCAGAGUUUUGAGGAUUCAGGAUGAACUUCUCACGCUCAGGCUUGAGUACUCCAAUUUGUAUAGGAGAGGGAACCUCUUCAACUCCGAUCUACAAACUUCCACAUCCAAGAACACAUCUCACCAGCAAACCCUUAAUACUUCAGCACCUACUUCCACAUCAUGGUUUCGAAAACCAAUGAGCAGGGCAGAGCUCCUUGCACUGUCUUCUUCUGAAGAUGAGGGUAGCCUCAGAUUUGUCUAUGAACUUCUUGCAUGGGUGGAAGAAAUGCAGUUGAAACUGGAGCGCGCAGAAUGGGGUAGUGAUCUUCCCAGUGUGGAGUCACAGCUGGAAAUUCAGCGCCAAGUCCACGCAAGUGUGGAGGAGCUGACCUCAAGUUUGCGAGAAGCUAGAAGCUAUGAGGUUAAAAUGUCUCCAAAUUUCCGCAGUAGUUAUAAAGAAACCUUAAGCAAGCUUGAAAUGCAGUACUGCAAACUAAGGGAGACAAGUAGUUCCCGCUUACGUCACUUGGAGAGCCUUUAUGGGUUUGUGUCUCGAGCAACAGCACAGAUUAUUUGUCUAAAUGAGAAGGAAGAAGAGGAGCUGGCUUAUGACUGGAGUGAUGGAAAUUCUAACAUGGAGGCAAAAAAAGAAUACUUUACUGAACUGACUGAAGAGCUGGAACAGAAGCAGGAUGUGAUUCAGUCUUUGCAAGAGACAGCUGAACUCUUGUCCCUCGAAAAUCAUCCUGCAAAGCAAACCGUGGAGGCGUACAGUGCAGCAGUUGUUUCUCAGUGGCAGUGGGUCCAGCAGUUGUGUCUUUGUGUGGAGCAACAUAUAAGGGAGAAUUCUGCUUACUUCCAGUUUUUUAGCGAUGUACGAGAUUCAGAAGUUUAUCUGAAGAAUCUCCAGGAGUCAAUCAAGAGGAAGUAUUCGUGUGAUCGCAGUACUAGCAUGAACCGUCUGGAAGACAUGUUGCAAGAUUCCAUGGAUGAGAAAGAGCAACUCAUCCAGUCUAGAAGCACAGUUGCCAGCCUGGUGGGAAGGUCCAAGAACAUCAUUCAGCUGAGGCCCAGGAACCCUGAACAUAGUUUAAGUGGUACACUGCCUAUCAAAGCAAUAUGUGACUAUAAGCAAAUAGAGAUUACGAUCAGCAGAAAUGAGGAAUGUGUACUUGAAGAUAACUCUCAUAGGACAAAGUGGAAAGUGAUUAGCACUACCGGAAAUGAGGCCAUGGUGCCAUCUGUAUGUUUUCUCAUCCCUCCACUAAACAAAGAAGCAAUGGAGAUGGCUACCAGAGUGGAACAACUUUAUCAGAAAGUCAUGGCUCUUUGGCAUCAGUUACAUGUAAACACUAAGAGUUUAAUAUCAUGGAAUUAUUUGCGGAAGGACAUUGAUUUGGUUCAGAGUUGGAAUGCAGACAAGCUUAGGGUCCUUCCUCUGUCAGAGAGGCUACAGACACUUUCCUGUCUUCAGUCACAUUUGGAUGAUUUCAUGGAGGACAGCAAAGACUCCCAAAUGUUCUCACCUACUGAUCGUCUGAACAUGGAACAAGAAGUGGAGGAGUGUAAGGAGCAAUGCAGAAAACUUGUGAACCUUAUUGAGACUGAAGAUAAAGAUGAGUCUGUGGCACAGACCUACCUUUCAGAGCUUCAAAACAUUCGUUUGCACUUGGAGGACUGUGAGCAACGACUGGUGAAGAGAUUACAGAUUGCCUUGGGUAGCGAUUUGGAUGCUGUGCAUGAAAGUACUAUCCAGAUAUCUGAACAAGAGAGGAUGCAGGAAGAACUCAAGAGAUUAAAAUCUGAGCUGUCGCUGGUUUCUGAACGCUGUGACCAUUUCCUCAACAUGUCACCCUCUGGCUCCAGUACCCCAAAUGUUCGCUCACAGCUAGACCUGCUGGUUGGGAAAAUGGACCAUGUAUAUGGCUUGUCUUCUGUUUUCCUAGAAAAGCUGAAGACCGUAGAUGUGGUUAUUCGUAGUUUGCAAGGAGCAGAAGCUCUGGUGAAAGGAUAUGAGGCUCGUUUGAGUCAGGAAGAUACUAUCCCAGCAGAUCCUGCAGCUAUUCAGUGUCAGGAAGUCUUGUUACAGCAGCAAUGGAUGAGAGAGGCAGUGGAGAAGGAGAAUAUAAUUUCUUUGUUGGAAGAGGAUGUU